CUAAAAACUUCUUCAGAUCUCUUUCUUCUUCUUUUACUUACUCAUCAUCUUCAUCAGAGAAGAUCUGAGAAGGAAAAAAAUAAAAUUGAAGAUGAAGCUCGGAGUCACCAUUGUUGCUAUGAUGCUAAUGCUCGUACUCGUCUCAGGUGAGAUUUCAACUAAAUCUUCACCAGCUCCGUCACCGGAUCUAGCCGUACACCCAGCAGAUUCGCCUUUGAUGCACCGCGUACCUACGGAGGAUAUCGGAUCUCCUCCUUCUCCAGCGCAAUCUCCAAUUGAAUACUCUUCUCCUCCAGAACCUGAAAAAGAACACUCACCUUCUCCAUCUCCGUCUCCGUCUCAGUCGAACUCUCCUUCACCGUCGAUCUCUCCACCGUUACCGAAUGCUUCUCAGUCGCCUGCUUCUCCGUCUCCGUCUCCGUCGCGGGAAGCAAGUGAUAUCAUCAACCACAGUGAUAUGACUGGGAUCGAAGGGAAAAAACCGUCGUCCGAAGGAGGUGGUGGGAAGAAGGUUGGGAUAGCUUUCGGAGUGAUUGCGGCGGUGUGUGUGGUAGGAGUCGCCGGAUUUGUGUACAAGAAACGGCAAGAGAAUAUUCGCAGAUCUCGUUACGGUUACGCCGCCAGAGAGAUUCUGUAGAGAGUCUCAGAUAGAUCCGGCGAGAGGGAUAGGUUGAUUUAAUUUUUGAUUUUUGAUUUUUUUUGUUUGAUUACUAUAAAAUUUUAAAUUCGAAAAAAACAUUUAUUGAUAUAUAGUUAUUAAUUUAUUUUCGUUUGGUAUUAUCGUAUAAUCAUCUUUUGAAGUUUUUUAAUAUCCGGGUGAUGAAAUUUAUCAAACUCAAAUCAUAUGUGAUAACUUCUAUAUUAUAUGUUUCAGAUGUUUAAUAAUGCACUGUAAUAUAAAUACACUUUGAAUUAUUUUAUUGGAAAUUUUUUGAAUUA